UCGCACGCGCCCCGCGCAUACAUUAAAGAAAAGCUGUGCCACCGCAACGCACUCAACUAACUAACCGCGAGGAAGCUGUGUAAACUGUGACGUCCGCAGCGAAGUUUAAGCGCCAUCAUGUCCGACAAGAAGGCCGUGAUUAAAAAUGCAGACAUGUCUGAUGAGAUGCAGCAGGAUUCCGUGGACUGUGCCAUGCAGGCGAUGGAGAAGUACAACAUAGAAAAGGACAUUGCUGCUUAUGUCAAAAAGGAGUUUGAUAAGAAGUAUAAUCCCACAUGGCACUGCAUUGUUGGGAGGAACUUCGGCAGCUAUGUGACACACGAGACAAAGCAUUUCAUCUACUUCUACCUGGGUCAAGUGGCCAUUCUUCUCUUCAAGUCGGGCUGAAACAAACAACUACUUUUAAUUCAGCCUUCAACGCUUGUGUGCCAUGCUGUACAUUUGCUACCACCUCUGUGCAGACAUGCCUACCUCCUGUUUCCUGCUUGCUGCAGUCUGUUGUUGUUCACCACCUACAAAACUGCCACCACCACCACUAGGCGGCGCUUUAUUCAUGCCUGAGCUGCUGAUGUUCUGUUGAUAGAAAAUGCCAGUGUAAAGAAAACUACUUAGGAAGCAGCACUCGGGUUGUAGUCUUUGACCACAAGACAGAGUGACCAUGAAUCAUCGUCUGUGUGCACUGAUGCAUGGGCCUUGUACAUUAUUUCAUAUGAAUAUGUUGUAUAAUAACUUAUUUUUCAAGAAAUUAAAAUGAGCAACGGAACAUUUUUUGUUGAGAUGCCUUUAAUUUUCAGCGUCAAAUGGAGAGCAAGUGAAAAUGCGUUGAUUGUUUGCUCACACAUAAUAAAGACUUCUGUGUUAAGAGUUUAA